UUUUUUAGUCCUUUCACGAAGCUUAAAAUGUAUAAGAAACCUUCUGCAGAUACGCUGGUGGCUUCCAAAGGCAAUCUCAUUCCCAUGGAAUCCCGGGGCACAUUGAAUCCCAUUUACUCUAAAUCGACUAAAAAGAGGGAAAAAGUGGAACUGAAAAAAAAAGUUACUUUGUUACAAGGCAUUUCACUAAUAAUUGGUACUAUUAUUGGAGCUGGAAUCUUCAUUGCUCCCAAAGGAAUUCUACAAAAUACAGGGAGUGUAGGAAUGUCUCUUAUUGUGUGGACAGCCUGUGGAAUUCUUUCACUGCUCGGUGCUCUGUGUUAUGCUGAACUUGGAACAUGUAUUAAAAAGUCUGGCGGGCACUAUACAUAUAUAUUGGAAGCCUUUGGCCCAUUACCUGCAUUUGUUAGAGUAUGGGUAGAAUUGCUGGUCAUACGACCAGCUGCCACAGCAGUGAUAUCACUAGCAUUUGGACGUUAUAUCCUGGAGCCUUUCUUUGUACAAUGUGAGAUUCCAGACCUUGCUAUCAAAUUAGUUACUGCUGUGGGCAUAACUGUAGUAAUGGUCUUGAACAGCACAAGUGUCAGCUGGAGUGCACGGAUCCAGAUUUUCUUGACCUUUUGUAAGCUAAUAGCAAUUCUUAUAAUCAUAGUCCCUGGAGUUAUGCAGUUAAUUAAAGGAGAGACACAGAACUUCAAAGAUGCCUUUAUUGGAAAAGAUGUCAGUGUUAUGGGGUUACCUCUGGCAUUUUAUUCUGGAAUGUAUGCAUAUGCUGGCUGGUUUUACCUCAAUUUUGUUACUGAAGAAGUUGAAAACCCUGAAAAAAACAUACCGCUUGCCAUUUGUAUUUCAAUGGCUAUUGUGACCGUUGGAUAUGUAUUAACAAAUGUGGCUUACUACACAACUAUUACUGCAGAAGAACUGAUCCUCUCAAAUGCCGUUGCUGUUACAUACGCAGAACGUCUCUUGGGUAAUUUCUCCCUUGCAGUUCCCAUCUUUGUUGCGUUAUCUUGCUUUGGAUCCAUGAAUGGGGGUAUUUUUGCUGUCUCAAGGAUGUUCUAUGUUGCAUCCCGAGAGGGUCACCUUCCAGAAAUUCUAUCUAUGAUUCACGUACACAAACAUACUCCUUUGCCAGCUGUCAUUGUUUUGCAUCCACUGACAAUGGUGAUGCUAUUCACUGGGGAUAUCUACAGCCUUCUGAAUUUCCUCAGUUUCGCUAGGUGGCUUUUCAUUGGCCUGGCUGUGGUUGGUCUCAUUUAUCUCAGAUACAAACGACCUGAAAUGCAUCGUCCUUUCAAGGUCCCGAUAUUUAUACCUGCACUGUUUUCUUUCACAUGUCUGUUCAUGGUGGCAUUGUCACUUUACUCAGACCCCAUCAAUACAGGAAUUGGUUUUGCCAUCACGCUAACUGGAGUACCUGCAUACUACCUCUUUAUUGUGUGGGAUAAGAAACCAAAAUGGUUCAGAACAAUAUCAGAGCAAACAACUAGAAUAUUGCAAAUGCUUCUGGAAGUUGUACCAGCUGAACAGGACAGUUCUUGAGAGGUCAAUAAGCUGGAACAUAUGAAGUGCAAUCCUCUUAGUUCUUGAAGAGAUUCCAAAAGUUUAAACUAUUCUCUAAAUAUUUAAGUAAUUCCCAGUCAUUGCACUUAGAACUGAUACGAUGUGCAGAUAUUUAUGAAGUGAAUAAUCCAGAUUUCUGAACACUUCAUAAGCAUAAUAGAUGCGCUGCUUUAAUUGUUUCAAAGCACUAACAAAUUCAAUGAAUGCAAAUUGCACAGCACACCUCAGUUUAGUCCCUCUUGUAUAGAGAAGUAGCAGUAACUAAUAACAUCUGCAUUGUUGUAAUUCUGCACUUUAUUCUCUUACUGUCUUGAGGUUUGUAAACUGCUUUUAUAUUUCUUAUAGCUGGGAAUUUAUUUUUCCAAGAUAUAAAAUGAGCAUCUAAUUGUGUUGUGUAUUCUUACAAAUCACAGCUCUUUUAGUUCAUGUUCAAACGGUCUCUAGUCCUGGCAAGAAUGGCUCAGCCUGUCAUCCAUUUUUUUUAAAAAUGUUUUUAAAUGAGCUGGAGAAAAGUAACACAUUUUUAUUGGUUGCACAUUUGGUUAUGUUCAUAAUGGUGUGCUAAGCAUCGUAAACCCCUAUGGGAGAGAAACACGAUAUGUAAAUAGAAUAUUGUUGUAGUUAUUACUACAGUAUUGCCAGUGUCGUUUCCAGCUCAAAUUACUACCAGUGGAAUUUUAACCUACACAUUUACUUAAUGUUAGACUGUAGUAAAUAUAUAAUAUUGUAAUCAUGGAACCAUUGUAAAUCUAUUUAUUUUACGUUAAUUGUUCACAUUGAUAUAUAUUUGUAAUUUUGUAAGUGUCUGAGUAAAAAAAAAAAAACAACUAUUGUUAUGCGAAAUUUGGGUUCACCACAAUGAGGUGAUUUACUGCAAGGAAUACAAUCACCCAAAUAUGCCAAUGCAAAGGGGCCCAGUGUCACCUUGUAUGAGUGCCCAGAUAACCCCUAGUAGUAAAAUACCACAAAUUAUAAAAUAUAAUGACUCUAGUUCGUCUAUUUUAAUAAAUAUUUCUUCAGAAAAAAACAGCAACAUAGAAAUAAAUUGCACAAUGACCAUAGCAACAAACUCACUCUCUACAACUAAGUACAUAAAACACAAAGUACAUGCAAAUAAAAUCACAUAAUCUACGCCAAGACCUUUCCAUGAUGACAUACAGGAAGAGAAAGAAAAGAUGAAGUGUGCAGGUAUAAAUAACUCAUGCCUUGUGACCUCACUAGAGGUGUUGACUGAGUUUAGCUCAUUGAGAGUAGUAUUAAACUAAUUAAUAUUAAGUAAGAGGACACAUAUCCUUUGUCAUAACAUUUGGGUGACAGGAUGUCACCACAAACUGGAUGAAUCAUAUGAGUUAAUGCUCUAAUAUUUAUUGGUCACAAUUUCUGAAUGUGGCAAAAAAUAAUUUAGAGAACUGAAAAUAUAUACUGAUAAGCAAAUAUUUUUAAAUACAUCAAAUUUUUUUCCUCUCUCAAUAGGCCUCAUUUGUUCAGUGCUAGAUAAAAAGAUAACAGAGCAUACUGUGACAAAUAAAAAUGGACCAUGUAAAGUAGAUUUUAAGCGUCAGUGAUAAGGUUACAAUUUAAAGGUAGUAUUUAUGAUUAAAUAUAUGUGAGAAGAAGAUACCAAAAUUGAAUGUAUAUAAUGCAUCAUUUAAUCACUUUGAUUUCUACAAUACGCCAGAUGUGUCUAAUUUUACAGAUAUGUCAUGCUACAUGUCGAAUGACACUAUUCUUCCUUCGAAACAGAUGUGCAAACUGUUGCAGAAUAUAAAUAUAAGGUAUUUCCUUUUUUCUGUUGUAAAUGCAGAAUCCUCAGAAAUUGAGUUCAAAGGGCUGCCACCUUUCACUGAACAGAAUUGUGUUUGCCUGACUUUGAGCACAAAGCUGCUUUUUUCCAGUGCACUUUGACCAAGAUUUAGAAAUUGAUACAUGUCAAAAAGGAUUUUUGAAAAGCUCCCACUAAGAAAAAAGAUGUCUCGUUAAAUGACCUAUUGUUGGAUCAGUUUGAAUUAAACAAAUCA